AUAUGCUUGAUAUAAUCCGACCACGUAUUUGACCGCAUGUUUGUACCCGCCACCUUUUGUCAUGCGUGCAAUUCGUAUCGUUUUCCUUGCAUCCCAUCGUCUCUUGACUAGAAUUCUUGAUUUUUUCCCCCCUCAGUUUUCAAUGCUGAGCGGAUAAUGCCCAGCUUGCGGGCAAGGAAAAACAAAAUACAUAAAAAAGCAUCAAUUCAACCACGUACCCUUAUGAAUCCUCGACACUUGGCUAGUCUGCAUAUUCCUUGACAAGAAUAUUUCUUGCAUUCAUACAAGCUUCGAAGGGGCAGAAAAAUAGAAGUUCCGCAGAUCCCGCUCUCCGCACCUGAACUCAACACCUGCAGCACCUGCACUCAGUCCGCACCGCACUCAGCACCUGCACUCAGUCCGCACUGCACUCAGCACCUGCACACACCCCAAGCUAGUAAGAUCAUGCAAAGCCUUGUCUCGUGUCAGCUCCUCCACUACCCCCACAGCGUUGGAGUCUUGGGCGGAGGAUUCCACUCCGUCCCGACCCUGCAAUUCCUCAAGCGGCUCCGAGAGGCCACAGCGGCCGAGGGCGACCUCCUCCGCAUCCCUCUCGUGCUCUGCGGCGAUCCAAACGCCUCCCACCACCUCGGCGCUCUCAUCCAGCAGCGAGAGUUUCUCGAGGACGCCGGCGCCAAAUGCAUUGCCCUGCCCUGCCCCUCGUCCCUCCGCUGGUUUACGUGCCUCGACUCGGGCUCCUCCGCCAAGCUGCUCAACGUCGUCGAUUCCCUCGUCGAGGAGCUCCACCGCGCCGAGCUGCGGCCGCUCCAGGGCGCCGCCAGGCCCAGGAUUGGGAUCCUCACUUGCCAGGGCCUCGAAUUCUACCAGGAGAAGCUUGAGCAAGAGGGAUUCGAGGUUGUGCUGCCAGACAAGGCCUCCAAGGAUCGUCUCAUCGUUCCAGCCAUGGCGGCUCUCGAGAGGAGAGACUUCCAGGGACACCGGAGCCUCAUUCGCGUCGCGAUCCAUAUGCUGCUCGUGAAUGCCGUCAACCGGGUCAUGGGAGACGAUCUCACGGCUGCGCUGUUUGCCGAUGAUCCUUUGCUCCUCCAGUGCAUCGAUCCGGCAAACUCGCUGGCCAAAGCUACGGUGACUUGGGUCAAGCAGCAGAUCCAAACUCACGAUAUCAAGUGUCGGGGACGACGAGCUUGCGAUCUCUGAUAUAAGAACUUAGCGAGCUCUGAGCUGGAAAAUAACUUUAUACACAAGUGUUAAUAUACACAAAUAGAUUCAAUCGACAAA